AUGAAUGAAAGGAUCUCUAGAACAAGAACAAAUACAAAUUCUUCUUCAUUAUCGAGAUCAAGAGCUAAUUCUUACCUAACAAGGUCAAGAACAAAUUCAAAUAAAAGUAUGGCAGAGCCCUUUAAAGAUCAUCGAAGAAAACGUUCUUCUUCAAUUAUUUCACACGUAGAACAAGAAUCUAUGGAAGAUAUAAAUGAUCAAAAUCUUUUACCAAAUAUGAAUGCCACUUGGGUCGAUCAAAGAGGCGCGUGGAUUAUCCACAUAGUCAUAAUAAUACUCUUGAAAUUGUUUUUCAAUCUUCUACCAGGUAUCACGAAUGAAAGUGCAUGGUCUUUAACUAAUACGAUCUACGUCAUCGGUUCUUACAUAAUGUUUCAUCUAAUUAAAGGUACCCCAUUCGAUUUCAAUGGUGGUGCCUAUGAUAAUUUAACUAUGUGGGAACAGAUAGAUGAUGAGACUUUGUACACUCCGACGAGAAAGUUUUUAAUUAUAUUACCGAUUAUUUUACUACUAAUAUCAAAUCAUUACGCAAAAUUUAGUUAUAAUUUAUUCACUAUGAAUUCACUAAUUAUUCUAUUUCUAGGUGUCGUUCCAAAAUUACCUUCCACCCAUAGACUAAGAAUUCAGAUUCCUGGCCUAAUAGGUCCAGCUCAAAUCACUUAA